UCCCGAAAUCUAUAAAUACUUCCAUUUCUUCUUCACCCCCAUUUCUUGCCCUAAAUUUCCUCCAUUUUCGCCGCCACCAAGUUUUUCCUCUCUUCUCCUGCUCUGUUGGAUUCUCUCUUGAUUGAAACUUAAUUUUUUCUUUCUAUAAGUUUUUAAUCUUGUCUGAUUUCAAGAUAUUUCCGAUCUAAGGUGAUUUUUGAAGUUUAAAUUAGGGUAUUUACCAGUUUAUUGGUGAUUAUUUCUCUUUAAUUUGUAUGAAGUUGUAGUUAUGGUGAUGGAUGCGGUGGAAUUGGAGAUUUCCUGAUUUUUUGCUGAUUCCUCCAGUUUUCCGAUCUAAGGUGAUUUUUAAAGUUUAAAUUAGAGGUUUUAUCUGUUUAUUGGUGAUUAUUUCUGUUUGGUUUGUGCAAAGUUGCAGUCUUGGUGAUGAAAUUGGCGAUUCCGAUUUUUCGGUGUUUUCUCCAUUUUCCGAUUUAAGUUGAUAUUUGAGGUUUGAAAUUAGGGUUUUGAGUUUAAUUUUGUGUCAUAAAUGUGAAGAUGUGGUGGUGAUGGAUGCGGUGGAGUUGGUGAUUCCGAUUGAUGUGACGAAGUCAAAAUUGAUGGGUUCUGACGUUUUAAUUGGAGCUAGGGUUUGUUCGAGUGAUGGUGAUGUUCGUGAUUCUGAUUCUGUAUCAAAUAAAAUUGAUGAAUGCACUUCAUUACUCGCUCAUAGAGGUGCUAACAGUUCUUCUGGAUCAUCGUCGUGGUUGAAGAAAACAGAUACAGAAAUAUGUAGGACCAAUUGCCUGCCAUCUAGAUUGGGAACAGAAGACGUAUCCAUGGGAGUGAUUGACGGGGUAACACGUGGUUCUACUAUAUUGAUGUCAGAAUAUGAAGGAAAACUGCUUCAACGGAAGAUGGGAAAGGUUCCGAGGAAUGUGAGUGGCUCUUUUAAGAAACCCCGAGUGCAAGCAGACAAUUUAUUUUCACAGGCAGAAAUUGAAGAUGCAAAGACUGAGACAGAGAAGCUUGGCUUGCACCUAAUAAAAUGUUCUACUGCUGAUAAGUCUCAAGCAGGGAAACAAAAGAGUGUUAUGAAUGGUAGACGAGCUGAUAGAAGGAAUCAUAAAGUUCCAAUGAAGACAAAAUUUGAUCCAUUUUCACUAAAAGUUGGUGUAUCAAACUUCAGUCCUGCUAAUGGAGGAGGAAAUAUUUUUGGAAUGUAUGGUCUGAAGCCAGAUAUACACGACAUUUCAAAGCUUAUGGAUGAUAUUUCUUUAGAUGAACUCCUUGAAGGAACUUAUAAAUGGUCCGACAGUGGCAAUGAUAAGGGAAAGAAGGUUGCCAAUGUGACUGAAAAUAUACUUGAUUCAGUUAAAAAAGCUUGUUCUGUCAUUCGGCUUCGAGUGAUGAAACAGGCUAAACAGGCCGAAGAGGUUGAUAUCCAGGUUAACGAGAAAAUCCAUUCGUCAUCGCCUUCUAAUAGGUGUAUUGCAAAUGACUCUGAUGGUGAUGAAAUGAGCCAUAUUGCAGGUUUAUCCAAAAGUUGCCAGGAUACAGAGUCUUCUAUUAAGGUUGAAUCUCCUGAUGAGAAGGACAUCCCUUUGUAUCAACCUAGAGAUAUUUUAGAGAGGUUGGCGCUUCCUCCUCCCAAGGACUUGGAGUCUUUGUUGCAGGAUGCAUUGAAGCCAGCGGUAUCCUCAAAGCUCUCUGAUACACGUAAUGGAAAGACGAUAUCUCAUCGAGUCAGUUUGCCGCCUUUUCCUUGGUCCCAUAAUUUUAAUGGGCACUAUAAAUCUAAUAAUGAUGCUAUAAGAAUGGCAAAUAGAAGCACUUGUCAAGGUCGAUGGGUAAGGAUCAGGAGCAAUGCCAGUUUUAUUGGAGGAGGAAGUGAAGAUUUUGUGGAUUUGGAAUCGCUCACUUAUGAUAAUAGUCUUGUUCCAGCAGGACAAUUAAUUUACAAACUUCCUGAAAUUGAAAGUAGCAACCAGCAAUGCUAUCAACAGAGUUCUUCAGGUGUAAUUCCAACUUCAAAUCCACCAGCUUCUCUGCCAUCCACUGUAUCAGGUAGCACUGUUUACCCCAAAAUGAAUGCUCAUCAUUCUCCCAGAGUCCUAGCUGCUGCUCAAACAUUGUGUGAUAUUGCCAGUGACAGCUCAAACCGUCUCUCCAAUGGAAUCCCGAAAUGGCCAAAACAACCAUCUCAAAAAUCCAUGAAAGCUCGCAACUCGAGAUCAAGUGAAAAAUCCGAGGAACUUUUGACACCUAAGUCGGAAACAUUACUUGAUCAUGUAGUUAGGUGCGUAGAUUAUGGAUCUUCAUCCAAAAGGCCCAAAAUCCCUAUGGUUGAACGCAGAGAAGACUUUAGUCACAUUCAUGCAGUUAUAGGCUUGAGUUCUGUAUCUGCUCCAAGAUCAAACAGAUCAUCCCCUAGCAGAUUGUCUAGGGAAUCUGUCACCGAAGCUAGAAAUUUAAAUGGAGGCUUUAUAAAAGCACCAUUUAUGGCACCUCCUCCUCCUAGGGUUUUGGAUAGGAGUAAUAACCACAACCCCCCAAAGUUACGGAAAGUAUCGCCGAUGGAUUGGAACAGGUCAAGAAGUUAGCGCAAAUAGAUCUAAAAACUUCAUCGAGGAGUUGCUUUGUUAUGUAAGAUUUGCUGUGAGGGCUACCAGUGACACUGACUCCAAAGUCCAAAACAAGCUCAGUUGAACAUGUUAGUGUGUGUAUAUAUUUGUGCUAUUUGUAGAUCAGGAUUGGUGGUGAGGUUCUCAUAUCAGUGGGUUCCCAAAAUUUCCCUGUUGUAACAUUAUAAGUUGACAUAUCUUAGAUGUACCAUUUCUUUGCCUUGUACAGAGCCUAUUCCAAUGAGGCAAUUGAAAUUUCAGUUCCCUCUUUACUGGCUAUUGCCAUUUUC